AUGCGCUGGCAGUGCCUGGCAGCCUUGUCACACAGAAAGGAGUCAGCGGCACCUUUGACAGGAGAAAGAUCGGGCAUAAUCUUCGGCCACGUUUUAUCAUAUCCUCUUGCUGUAGUAUUAAGACUUCGUGUUUUACAGAUUGUAUGUGGGAUUUCCACAAUGGUAAUGGGGAGCGUCGCCUUUAUAGAGGAAAGACAAAAAUUUAACAUGGGCCUUGGAAUACCAGCCGGCAGCUUUAGUGUUAUAGCAGCUGCUGUUUCCAUACACACCUCUCGUGGGUGGGGUGUCACAAGUGGUACAGGUGCGGGGGCGGCUGCUGCGGUAUUAUGGGCAGCAACGGGAUGCCUUUUAGUUGCGUUGGUGGUACAAUGCUUUAGAACUAUACUAGAUCCUCCAGGAUUCAACAACGGACAAGAUCAAGAUGAAGACUCAAGACCAUCAUCACGAGAUCUCGUUGUGAUCGCAUGCGUGCAAAUAGCGCUCGCUGCUGCCACUCUAUUGAGUGCUCUUGUGUGCGCAAGAAUUGAUUUCAGCGCAUGA